AUGUUAAAAUGGAUUCAAGGUGGUAUAUCCGCCGUAACUGGUAUUGCUGAACCGGAAUACGGUUCUGAUUAUAUUCAUUCCGUAGCGGAUAGAGUCAAAGGAAAACAGCCUUAUAAAGAAACGAGUAGAGAAGACCUUUACUGGCUAAACCCAGAUUAUACCAACGUUGAAACUGCUACAUUUUACUUUACCAACAUAAAAACAGGUGUGUUAGGUUUUGCUCAAAUCAUCCAUUCAAACAUUAUUGGUCUUCAUACCCAGGCCCAAUUUACAUUUAGAGUCUAUAAUGCGAAGGAAGGUAAAGAAGCUUUAAAUCUGUGGACCUCAACAAAAUUAGAAAAUUUUAGAAUUGACGGACCAAAUUUCUAUGCCGAUAAUCUAUCGGUUGAAUUGGAUCAAGAUAGCAAGACGUAUCAUUUUAAGAGUGAUGUUAACGAAAAGUCAAAAGUAGAUUUAACUUUUACAAAACUAACGCCUGGUUGUAAAGUUGGUGAUGAUCCCUCCACCUAUUACGGUGAUAAUAUUGAAGAACCUUGGGGUCGAAUGAGACAUGUCUUUUGGCCUAGGAAUAAAGUCACAGGUAAGAUUGAUAUAAAAGUGCCAGUAAAGCAACAAGCAUCAGAGGAGCAUAAAGACAUUAAGGGUGAACAAACGUCGCAAGAUACAAGGCAAAAAGAUCGAGAGUCGGCUGAAGAAAAGGGAACAAGCGAAGAGAAUGAAGAAGAAGAAGAAGAAGAAGAACUUGAAGAUCUUCAUAUCAAAUUCACAGAUGAAAGUCCUGCAUUAUCCAUGUUCGUAAUGGCAUUCCAAGGAAUGAAACCACAUCAUGCUGCCAAGGCAUGGAAUUUCCUCUACUUCCAUUCUGAAGACCACACUGCAGUUCUGAUGGAGUUUAUCACACCCAAAUCAUACGCUAACACAAAGGUUUCGGUAGGGAUUAUCACCAGCAAGAACGAAGUCUUAAGCGUUAGUGUUAACAAUGAUUUUCGCCAUUUGAACAGCAGCGUAGACUCUGUAGGAUGGAAUGUUCCUAAAAACCUUUCUGUUAAAUUCAAUGGGUUCAAGAGUACAGCCCCAGAUGAAAAAAUUGCUGCUAUUACCAAUUCACCAACUAAACAAGAAAAAUAUGAUAACGAUACCCAAUUACAUGCUACUGUAGAAGGUAAGCUAGACCAGUUGGUUGAAAGAAUCGAUGUUAUGAAUGAAAUUCCAAAUUUUGUCAAAUCAAUCGUAUCUGGUGUAGCAGGUACAAAACCAUACAUUUACCAAUAUGCAGAUGAGUUUACGCUGCAAUUUCAAGAUGCAUCAAAGGAAAAAGGUUUGGCUUGGGUCGAGGUAACUUUCAUCUCCGAAGGUGAGACAGUUACCGACGAAUCCUAUAAUGAAGCCUAA